GUCACAUUGUGCUCAUGUGUCAACGAUGAGGUCCACGACCAAACUGGAAUUCCCCUAACCAUCCUCACUCAUUCUCCACUUAACCUCUACAUACAUUGUACAGAGGUAUCCUGGUAAAGCACGAAAUAAAAAAAGGCGCUUGGAAGCUGAAAAGAUACGUUGUCUGUCCGCAAUCGGAGGACGCGAUUCUUCAAGUGGUUAUUUUGGCAUAAGAUCAGACCCUCUCCAUCACCAUGUCAGUGAAGACGGAUGGGAAGAGGAAGUGGGCGGCGGUUAGGGGCCAUCUGGGCUCCUCCCAGGACUCAGACACCCAGCUGGAGGCCAACCUGGAGAGUGCCGACCCAGAGCUGUGCAUCCGCAUGCUCCAGGUGCCCAGUGUGGUCAACUACUCUGGGCUGAAGCGUCGUCUGGAGGGCAGCGAGGAGUCCUGGAUGGUCCAGUUCCUGGAGCUGAGUGGGCUGGACCUGCUGCUGGAGGCCCUGGACCGGCUAUCUGGGAGGGGCUGCUCCCGCAUCACAGAUGCCCUGCUGCAGCUUACCUGUGUCAGCUGUGUCCGGGCCAUCAUGAACUCCUCGGCUGGGAUCCACUUUAUCGUGGAGAAUGAGGGCUACAUCCGCAAACUCUCCCAAGCCUUGGACACGUCCAAUACCAUGGUGAAGAAGCAGGUGUUUGAGCUGCUUGCUGCCCUGAGCAUGUUCUCCUCUGAUGGGUACCGUCUGGCCCUGGAUGCCCUGGACCAUUACAGGGGUGUGAAGACCCAGCUGUAUCGCUUCAGUGUGAUCAUGAACGAGCUGCAGGCCACAGACAACAUGCCCUACAUGGUCACCCUCCUCAGUGUCAUCAACGCCAUCAUCUUUGGGACAGACGACCUGCCAAGAGACAAGAUCCGCAAGGAAUUUAUUGGAUUACAAUUACUUGAUAUACUGCCCAAAUUUAGAGAUGAGGAGGAUGAGGACUUGAUCAUUCAGUGUGAGGCGUUUGAAGAGGCCAUGUCUGAGGAUGAGGAGGAGCUGCUGAGGGUCUAUGGAGGCAUAGACAUGAGCAGUCACCAGGAGGUGUUCAUCACCCUCUUCAACAAAGUGAGCAGCUCUCCGUCGUCCCGCCAGCUGCUGUCCAUCCUACAAGCCCUGCUGCUGCUGAGGCCCGAGAGGGCUGACAUCUGGCAAGCCUUGGAGGCCAUCACUAACCGGGCCAUUCUGCUGGAUCAAGACUCUCAUAUGGACUCUAGUGAGAUUAUUAUGCAACGCCUGGUGUUCUCCAAGCGCAGGACAGCUGGUGUCGACGCUGUGGAUGGUCUGCCACCCAAGAAGAUUGAUAAGGCUGUUCAGACCGACAUGGUGGACGACGACCAAGAAAGACUGACCAAAUGCUCCACAAAAGUGUCCUCUCCUCCACCUUUCCUAUAUCCCAAUUUGAUGGGACCAGGUCCCCUUCAGUGCCCACCUCCCCCUCCUCCACCCCCCACUCCACUAUUACAGCACAUUGGAGGUGGAGGUCCCCCACCACCAACUCCUCUACCAGGGAUGCAGGUGGCCCCAGGGUGCCCUCCCCCUCCUCCACCCCCACCAGGAAUGGGCGUUGGAGGACCUCCACCACCCCCACCCUUGCCCGGUAUGCCAGGCCUGCCUCCUCCACCACCACCUCCCCCUGGCAUAGGUGGCAUUGUGGUGGCCCAGAGUAGCCAGUCCCUUGGGUGUGCCUCUGCUGCUGCCUCCAAGGCAGGCCGUUGCCCCACCCUGAGGAUGAAGAAGCUCAACUGGCAGAAACUCAGAGCUGUCACUGAUGGUCAUUCCAUGUGGACUUCAGCUCAGAAAGACACUCCUCUGGAGCCCAACUACUCCAGCAUUGAACAGCUGUUCUGUCUCCCAGUGACCGAACACAAAGACAAGGGGGCAGCUGCUCCUGUCAAAAAGGAGCCUAAAGAGAUCUCCUUUAUUGACGCAAAGAAGAACUUGAAUUUGAACAUAUUUCUCAAGCAAUUCAAAUGCUCUCAUGAUGAGUUUGUGGUGUUGAUUCAGAGUGGGGAUCGCUCUAAGUUCGAUGUGGAGGUCUUGAAGCAGCUUAUUAAACUCUUACCUGAGAAACAUGAGAUAGAUAACCUGAAAUCCUUCCUGGGAGAGAAAUUAAAGUUGGCCAAUGUAGACCGAUUCUACAUCUCUCUCCUGGCUGUACCAUGUUACCAGCUGAGGAUAGACUGUAUGUUGCUGUGUGAGGAGACCACCUCAGUACUGGACAUGCUCAAGCCCAAAGCAGAGGUGGUUGAAUCAGCAUGCCAGUGUCUCAGAAUGAGCACUCUCAUGCCUAGUUUCUGCAGGCUCAUCCUUGACGUGGGAAACUUCCUCAACUAUGGAAGUCACACAGGGAACGCUGAGGGCUUUAAGAUCAGCUCUCUUCUGAAGCUGACUGAGACUAAGGCCAACAAGAGCCGCAUUACCCUGCUCCAUCACAUUCUGGAGGAGACAGAGCUGAACCACCCAGAGCUGUUGAACCUUCCUGACGACAUUGAGAUUUGUGAAAAGGCAGCUGGAGUCAACCUUGACUCCAUUCAGGCAGAAGCCAGUGCCUUAGUAAAACGACUGAAAGAAGCGGCAAAGAGAGUCGCCAACUCUGUGGACGAUGUAAAGGAGCAGUUCGAAAAGGUUAUUGAGGAAAACCUGGAGGCCUGCCUGGAUUUGGAAAAGCGGUUUGCAGAGAUUGUGAGGAAGAAGGGUGACCUGGCACUCUACCUGUGUGAGGAUGCAAACCAACUCUCCCUGGAAGAGCUCUUCGGCACCAUUAAGACCUUCAGGGGGCUUUUCAUCAAAGCCUUAAAGGAGAACAAGAGCAGAAAGGAGCAGGCUGUGAAGGUGGAGAAAAGGAAGAAGCAGCUUGAGGAGGAGGAAUCCAAGAGACAGAAGGGGGAGAACGGAAAAAUAAUCCGGAAAGGACCCCCGCCACAGGACGAUGGCUGUAUUAUCGACCACCUCCUUAAUGAUAUCCGGAAAGGCUUUCAUCUCAGGAAGACCCGGCCCAGGUGCGAAACGGAUAGCCCCCUCUCUUGUGAAAUGAAUAGGGAUACGGGCCAGCCUGGAUCAAGUGUCAAGCCUGUAAAAGAAGAUGUCGAAGCCUCGGUCUCAGAAGUCUCCAGCACUCCCCUUCCCACCCAACCCCAGGCAGAGGAGAGGGCACCAAGAGAAGGAGUGAACGGAUUCCCCAGCAUACCCAAAGAAAUAUACCCCCAAAAAACAGCUUUGUCAAAGACUAACCGGCUCCCAGCUGAAUCCCAGGAUGGAGGGGAGCCUCUGCGACGCCUCCCCACAGACAAUUCGCCACCUCCAGCAAUACUAGGAAUGGAUGUCCUAAAUAACACCCCAAGCCCCUCUACCUUCACAGACCUGGCUGAAAUCAACCAGAAUGUCAACAGUGGCCUGGUGACGGAGGAAUUGAUGCCUGAGUGCUCACAGAGCAAUGGAGAGGGUCAACUUAAUAGAGCCUGCACACUGGCUGUCGCUGAUAUGGACAUGAUUAUAGAGCGCAAGCUGAUGGGAAAAACCAUUGGCCAAGAUGACGUUGAAGGUGAGAGCAGCAGCAUGAUGGUAAAGACUCUUAGACCAGUUGAGACUGGGGAUGACAUGGUGGUGAAGAUAGUUACACCCUUAUCCUGUGCCACCAACGGACAACAAGACACCAAUGGGAACACAGACACCAAUGGCAACAAGUGUUUGGUCAGUGCGGUGCAAAGCGUUGGAGUGGACUCUAAAGAUCUGCUCUCAUCGGUAUCCGAAGCUCUGCCUUCUUUUGAGUCGGGACCCCUAACACCAGAGGAUAAAAAACAGCAGAAGCUCUUUAUAAGAAAAAAAAAUAAGAGUAAUGAAGCACAAGGUAACACUGGAAAGCGACACCCUAAAUGUAAAAAGGGGUGUGUGUUGCAGUGAGGCGAUUCCCGGAAGAGGAAGUCAAGAGGGAAGGAAAUGUUGAGAUGAUAUUUUUUCUUCUCCCAUACAUGGUUUGUGCACAUUGCAAUGGACUAUGUCUACGUUAUAUUGGACUAAAUUGAUUCCUCCAAGAUGAUAUCGGCAUGUUCUUUCUUCCUUUGGAUGAUUUAGAGUUCUUAAAUAUUGAAAUCAACUGAAAAGCUGCCAUUGUUCCCUGGCCAGGUUGAUUUGUAGCCGACCAAGAAGCUGAGUCAUGAACACGUUCCCAUGCAGCCUGUUAUGUUCCAUUAGGCUACUACUGUCUGUGGUCUCUGCACAGCCGCAAUCCCAGCAAACCUGUCACUUUUGAAAUAAAUAAAUGAUAUGUUGAAAAUAAUAAAAUUCCCUUUUACAUUAUG